AUGCAAGAGAUCGGGUUCCAAGCGCCAGACCUCGUCGAGCGCUUCGCACAAUGGAGUUUGAAUGGCGCGCCUGCUAACCCGGAGAAUCAGAACAUUGUUGACGCUCCUAACCACGUCGGCACACAGUUGUAUCCCUUCAGCGAACGGCCCUUGAUAGGAGGCAAUGCUAUUCUGUACAGCAGCAACCAUCCUGAAUACGUCAAUGCUGAAUUAAUGCGCGCGCCCCUGAGGGCGGAGGAGUAUCCCGGAAGAUUACCGCUUCAGGGUAUCCCUACUGAGCGGAUUCCCAGCGACAACCCGGCAGAGGGCCAAUGCCAGGAGCCACUUCGCAAGGUAAGAAAUGCUCAUGGUGAGUACGUUGAGAUCUGUAAUAGGGUGACCUCACAUGUGUGCGAGGACCGUCGUCAUCCUGGCGUCAAGGACGGCGUCGACCAGCGAUGGUACGUCAGCGAAGAUUGCAACGACUUUUCAAAACUUGUCAUAGCCAAUGGACUGGAGGUGAACGACAUCGUGGGGAUGCGUGCUUACUACUGCAACGAUUGUGGUACCAAAGCUGAUGAGUCUCAUUUCGCAUACUGCGGACAUCGAGUCUGGGGCUUUGAUCCUAACGCAACCGUGACCAGCGAACUCGCUCACCAACAGCCAGAGCAGCCCGGAGGUUUCCGCGGAGGAUUUCAGGGCGCUCCUCUACCUAUGACUGGUUGCGCCUGCGCUGAGAAGCUUCUCGGAAGGGUCCUCUGCAUGGCGCACAGGACAACUAUGGCUGAUGAUAUGAUCUAUCAGUCAAAAGUGAUGCAAGAGUGGCGCCUCAACAUGUAUGGCAAACCCAUCUGUCCCAACUGUCGAAAGAACGUUGGCGUCGACGUUUGGUUCAAUGUACAUGACGACAACAACGGCAAUUUUGGCAACAUACCCCUGAAGGGCGGCCAGAAUCGCCAGCGAGUCUGGGCGUGCAUGGUUUGCCACGAGUAUGUCGUAAUCAAACCUGUGAAUGAGGUUGCUGGAACCAGCCUCGUCCCCGGUUUCCAAGCCUGGCUUCCCGACCCGAACUCAGGUGAGCUCAGUCAACGCUAUGAGGAAGCCCAGAGAGUUAUGAGGGGAGAAGUUCAGGAGCAACAAAACGUGGAGAUGGCUGGGACUUGA